ACGGCGCCAAUCUCCAAACCCUGCAGGGCCCAGCCGACGCUCAAAUUGCCUUUGAACGCACCCACCCAGCUCAUACGACGCAGUAGGAAAGGAAAGAAAAACAUAGCCCCUCAAAACUGAGUCCCAAAAGCCCCAGAAGUUAGAACCUUGCUUGCCCGUGCAGUUCCAAUGGCGACCGAAGUACCCCAUCAAAAUGAGACCCCACCGGAGGCAGCCAUUCAAUCCAUCUCGAUCUCAGAUUCCCACGCUGAUGGGCCAUCCUCGAGCUCCUCGAACUCAGCGAACCGGAUGAGUUUGGAGGAGAAGUACCGGAUCGUGAGGAGUGUGGGAGAGGAGUGUAUUCAAGAAGACGAACUGCGAAAUCUUCUGGCGAACAAGCCCGAACCGGUCUGCUACGACGGUUUUGAGCCCUCUGGCCGAAUGCACAUCGCUCAGGGAGUUAUGAAGGCAAUAAAUGUUAACAAGCUGACAUCUGCUGGGUGCAGAGUGAAAAUAUGGAUUGCAGAUUGGUUUGCCCAGCUAAACAAUAAGAUGGGGGGUGACUUGAAGAAAAUCGAAACCGUUGGGCGCUACUUGAUUGAGAUUUGGAAAGCAGUUGGAAUGGAUCUGGAAGGUGGAAAAGUUGAAUUUUUGUGGUCGUCAAAGGAGAUUAAUUCAAGGGCUCAUGAAUACUGGCCUAUUGUUAUGGAUAUAGCUCGAAGGAAUAAGCUACCAAGGAUAAUCAGGUGCAGUCAAAUUAUGGGUCGAAAUGAGCAGGAUGAGUUGACUGCAGCUCAAAUUUUCUACCCUUGCAUGCAGUGUGCCGAUAUAUUUUUCCUGAAGGCUGAUAUAUGCCAACUGGGAAUGGAUCAGCGAAAAGUGAACGUGCUUGCAAGAGAGUAUUGUGAUGACAUCAAGAGGAAGAACAAGCCUAUUAUUUUGUCUCAUCACAUGUUACCUGGUUUACAGCAAGGGCAGGAGAAGAUGUCAAAAAGUGAUCCAUCGUCCUCCAUUUUCAUGGAAGAUGAUGAGGCUGAAGUAAAUUUGAAGAUAAAGAAAGCUUACUGUCCUCCAAAGACUGUGGAAGGAAAUCCUUGCUUGGAGUACAUAAAGUAUCUCGUUUUACCAUGGUUUAAAGAGUUUGUCAUAGAGCGCAGUGCAGAUAAUGGUGGUCACAAGACUUUCAAAAGCUUUGAAGAAUUGACUGCUGACUAUGAAAGUGGGGAGUUACACCCAGGUGACCUUAAGCCAGCUUUAUCAAAGGCGUUGAAUAAGAUACUGGAGCCAGUAAGAGAACACUUUAAGAAGGACAAUAAUGCGAAAGAACUAUUGAAAAGGGUUAAGGCUUACCGAGUCACAAGGUAGUGCGGGAAUGGAUAGAGCCUUAGACAUUUAUGCUCCUUCCAAAUUGGCGGAUGAACUUUCAUGAAAGGUCAUCUGAUAUGUGAGAAUUGCCUUUUGGCGUUGUCCUCAUUCAAAAGUUUAUCAUGACACACUGCCGUUUUAGGCUCAGUUUUUUCUCUUUUAAAAAGAGACCAUUAGUAUGCUCAGAUCGUUUUUACUGAUUUAUGUUCCAGAUCCAGUGACUAAUUAGGGUUUGUUUGGAUGGUGAGAUGAGAUAAGAUGGUUUUAGAUAAAAGUUGAAUAAAAUAUUAUUAGAAUAUUAUUUUUUAA